AGCACGAGGUACGUGACGGCAGAAAGGGCGCCCUUGGAUACGCGCGCGCCGCCGGCAACCGUCGCUGCCGCUAAUGGCCGCCAUGAUGGUCGGUGCAACCCACGUCUUACCGCCUGAGGACACAAGCGACAGCUAUGCGACUAGCGACCUUAGUCUUGUUGCUUGUGCAGCCGAUGCUGCUCGGGGCCACGCUGACUGCCGUGCGGGAACAGACGAAGGUGAAGCUGGUUGAGGAGGUGAAGGCGCCGAGUAACAGUGCGCAGUCGCUGCUUAUCACGACCACCGGCAGCACCCAGGCCGCAGGCGUCCAGCCCGUCAUCGCCCUGCCCGCCAUUGCCUCGAACGGUAGCGCCCUGCCCGCUAUUGCCUCGAACGGUAGCGCCCUGCCCAAUGCCACCUCGACCAUGGUGUCCAUCAUCGAGGCCAGUGACCAGGCUACCGUGGUGGUUGCCAUAGCGAGCAGCAGUAGCAGCAACCACUCCACUGGUCGCCAGCCCACUAGUACCCAGCCUAGCAGUUCUGAGUACACCUUGCUUGAGGCCUCGGCCCAUGUUGUUCUUUCUAACUCCACCCGUAUUGCGACGGGGACCCUGAAUGACAUGGCAGCCCUCCAGACUGAUGUCCCAGUGCCAGUGAAUAGUGGCGCAGAGAUUGUGAUCAUCAAUUCAAACGGGACGGAGACUGAGAGUAGGAUGCCCAUUGUGCUAAGAGUUGGCGACGAGAUCAUCAUUGCCCAUUCAGAAACAGGGGGCAAUGAUACGUCGAUGCCCAUCGUGCUGGGCGGUGGUGGUGGUGGGGCCGAGAUCAUCAUCACCAACUCCAAGGAAUCUGAAAACUCCAGUUUAACUCCAAUUAUCUUAAAUAAAGGCGAUGAAAUAAUUGUUGCCACCUCAAAUGGGACCAAUACUGAUAGUGCUUCAUCCCUCGUAAUCGGCAAUAGGUCAGAAAUUAAGAUUACCAGGUCUGAAAACAGUAACAACUCUGUCAUUUUAACCAAUGGCAGAGAAAUCAUAACCAAACAUUAUUCAGAUACAAAUGCAUUAGAUGAGCGUGUGGUCACUGCGGGGAAUGAAAAUACUGAUAAUGUGACAGUCACCACCCCAACCACCCCAAGUAAAAUAACUGAAAAUAUUGUUGUGGCCAAAAUAGAGGAACAUAAAUUUAGCAUUGUGCCUGACAAACACGUGACCCAAACGGUGGGGGGAAAUAUAGAAAUCACAAAAUCACCUGAGCCACAGACUAUUGUGAUCUCCCUGGACAGCUCUUCCUACAGCUGGGCUAGGUGGAGCGCUUGGUACUGCAACUGUCUGAAUAGCAGCAUGUCCCGUAUUCGGGGCAUCAUGGACACAAAGACUGGCAUCACUCUGCAUUCCAAUGACUACCAGCCCAGCAAUUUCCAAAGGAAACCAUGCAAUUACAAGGUGUGUAACUGCAGCAGACUGGACAAGCAGUGCCAUCUCAAUAAUGUAACGUGUUUGGACUCAAACCCGUACACCUGUGUGCUGAGUGACAUUGCCUAUCAGGAGGUCAUGGACUCCAAAGAUUACUGGAAAAAAUUGAAGAAGGGGGUCCAGGCCCUCUAUCAUAAAAUCAAGACUUUCCUACAGAGAAACACAAAGGAUGAGACUUAAGUCAAUGAGGAGCAGUGGGCAACUAACCUCAAUAUCAAUAAAGAGAGAAUGGUUUGGACUGCCACAAAUAUUCUGCAGAAUUUUACUGCUGUGUAUCACAGAGUGAUUCUCUGCACGAUCUGUAUAAAUUAAACACAAUAUAAC